CACCCCAACCACCUCACAGUCUUCCCCCCUUCACCAUCCUCUCUUCCCACCUGUCCUGUCCUUCGAUAUCCAAAUUCCGUCUAUCUUUCAGUUUUGCUGUCGCUCCAAAUAACGAACACACUCUCACAGACGUCGACCGUCAUCGAGCUCAGUGAAGUGUUUCCAAGUGAGAAGUUUCACCGUGAUAUCCUUCUUAGGCACUUCAUCAUUUUUGAAAUACGCGACCUACAGUCAGGAAAACUGUCCGAGUGCCUGUGUUUCGAAAUUGCCACCGAGUGUCGAAAGCAAGUUUCCUCGCUCUGUGCGAUGUAUGUGAGUUAUUCAAGCUUACACAGAAAAGUGCAUAUUGUGUGAAAUGCUGCUGGUGUUCUGUUAGUGGAAAUCAGUGAGUGGCAGAUGUCGACUUUCACGGACGCGAUGGCGACGGAAGAAAGCUGCGUGAGUUUUGCGUCGAGUUGGUCCCUCCGAUGGCCUACACCUGCUGACUCGCCACCUGCUGGCAACGAAACUGUGCGAGCUGUCAGUGACGAUGCCUGACAUCGUUGUGCGAGCAGACUGUAUUUAAUGUUGAUGCUCUGCUAGUCAGUCUCACCAGACAACAACCCAGUUUCUUAUUGGUAUUUUCUGUUGAUAAAAUCAUACACAACUUGUCUCAACCAUGGGGAGAAAGAAAAUUCAAAUCUCACGAAUCACAGAUGAGCGAAAUAGGCAGGUGACAUUCAACAAACGCAAAUUUGGUGUCAUGAAGAAAGCAUAUGAGCUAAGUGUCUUGUGUGACUGUGAAAUAGCUCUGAUAAUUUUCAGCAGUUCCAACAAACUCUAUCAGUAUGCAAGCACAGAUAUGGAUAAAGUGCUGCUGAAGUACACAGAAUACAAUGAGCCACAUGAAUCUCUUACUAAUAAGAAUAUCAUUGAGGCUCUUAACAAAAAGGAACAUAAGAAUGGUACCUGCAGUCCUGAUAGUCCUGAACCAGAAGGUGAUUAUCAGCUGACGCCACGGACUGAAGCUAAAUACAGCAAGAUAGAUGAGGAAUUCCAGAUGAUGAUGCAAAGAAACCAGCUUAAUGGAGCUAGAGUUGGGAUGAAUCAGUCUUACACUUUGCCAGUGUCAGUGCCUGUAAACAGUAGUUAUUCAGACUCCUCAUUGCUCCAGUCCAGUCCACAGAUGCCACAUACCAGUGUCAGCCCUAGACCUUCUUCAUCAGAAACAGAUACAGUAUACCCUUCAGGUGGAAUGCUGGAAAUGAGCAAUGGGUAUCCAAAUUCCUCUUCACCCCUGGGAGGUUCUCCCUCACCAGGACCAAGUCCUGGCCAGCUGGGAGGAGGCAAAGGCUUGCAGCAUGGAAAGCAACACUCUCCAGGUCCGGGCGGGACAGGAAGCCAAGGAGGUGGCCCAAGAACUAAUUUACGAGUAGUCAUUCCUACACCACAGCAGCAAGGUGCACACACUUUAGCACCAGCACCAGAUGAGCCAAGCCGAAACAGCUCAGCUUUAAAUACACCAGUGGUAGCGCUGCAAACUCCGUCCAUACCAGGACUUGCUGGAUAUUCAGCAUCUCUUUCAACAUUCGGUGGUCAGGACUUUAGUGUAGGGUCUGACAUGGGGCUUGGCACUCUUAGCUGGAGUGGACAGCAACUGCCUUCAUCAUUAACACAUACCACUUCCGGUUUCAGCGGUCUGCCGCACUUGGCUGUAUCAAGCAGUACCCCUCCACCGUCGACAUCACCACUGCAAGUCAAAAUCAAGAGUGAACCCAUAUCACCGCCACGUGAUCCAUCCAGCCACGGGGGAGGCCUUGGGCACAGUGGACUUGGAUCACACCUACAGAGCCACACAGCACAUGCCCACACACUGCCACGGCCAUCCUCCACUGGACACCUCACACCAACACCAGGGACUGUCACUCCCACAAACCUUUCGUCACCUGGAGAUCCACGACAUAGCAGCAGCUCAGACUAUGACAGUGGACCUCUCCAGAAGAGAUCUCGCAUGAGUGAAGGCUGGGCCACAUAGUACUACGAUGUGCCAGUCCCACGGCACCAUUAUUUCCCUGGUCAGGCGUAUGGGACCUCUGUGCCAUAUAUUAAUACAAAGACAGUUGCUUACACGUGACAAUCUGGUGUUCUUGUAUGCCAGAUUUGUGUACUGAUGAUAAAAAUGUGAAGUUUUAAUGUUAUAUUUGUGAUCAUGAUGAUGUCAAUGGCUGCAAGUGCCUGCACAUUUUGUAAAAGUGAACAAAAAGGAACUGGUUUUACAUAUUAUAAAAAAUAUACUUUGCAAAAAUGUGUGGUGAAUGAAGAUAAAGAUGAAACCUAGCUAAUUUUGCUAAAUAUUUUGGAAGAUUCAAAUGAAGUAGAAGAAAGCCUUUGAGGCAUAUAUGCAGUCAUAGAAUGAUAUCACUAGUUUUGACAAUUUUUAACUUGAUAACGAGAAAGCAAAGUGUUUAGAAAGUUUUGCCUGCAGAGGUUUUGGACUCGGGGCAGUGCAUUUCUUGAUAUUUAAUUUUAUGUGCAGGAUUUAGCAGCAUUUUAUUAAAUGUACUUAAAUUUUUGUAACCAAAUUGUAUUGUGUAAGAGAGCUCUAUUCAUAAUGAUAGUCAGCUCUGUCAGAAGUUUUACAGGAUUCUGUUCCCAAAAGAAGAGGGCAAUUUGCUGAGUCCAUAUUAGUGUCAGUUUUUGGAGAUAACUUCUCUGGAUAUGGACUUCUAAGAAGACACUUUAAAGAGACAUAAAAUACACAGUGGUGUAUAAAUGUUUUGUACAUAAUGUUUGUUGUGUGCAGUGUUGUGUGACUACUAUGUAGCCCCAAAUGAAUGUUCUAUUUUGUUAAGAAAGAGUGCGAACAUUCCCCUGUAGAUGAGUGAGCUCUGUGUCUCAUGUAUCCUAAGUGGCAACCUUGGUUGCAGUUGACUCUGUGGACCUGUACUUAGUACAUUGGGUACAACUGCAACUUGUAAAUAGGCCAUGAAGUUUUAACUGAGUGUCAUUGAAGUAACCAGUUGACCAGUGCCGUGUUAUUUUUUUUAACAAGGUAUAUAAUGUAGGGAAGAAUAUAUUAUAUAUAUAUAUAAAUAAAUAUAUAUAUUAUAUACAUACACACAAAAUUUUAUUGUACAGUUUCAUAUGAGUAAUGUACACACACACACACACACACACACACACACACACACUAUUGAGAUGUUAUUGCGUUCAGUAAUUUGCAAUAUUGUUUUUACAUGUUCUCUAUGUUUGUAUGUAAUAAGCUUUUGUUGCAACUGCUAAAUUUGGUGCUUAAUCUUUGUAGGCAUAUUUUAUGACAAAAGCGGACAAAGUCAUGCCUUAACUGUUGGACAUAUAAAAUGUUCCCCUACAUUACUUGUACCAGACUACAUCACAUAUGUUUAUUUCUGUGAAUUGGUUGUAAAAAUAAUUGUUAGGUUGUUAGAUUGAACAAUGAGGCACAAUCUAUUUCCUGUUAAAGAUUACAAAGACUCUGAUUGUACACUGAGUGUAGACUGCCCUUUGGCUUUUCUGCUGGUUCCUUUUUGUAAUUAAGCUGUUAAGAUUAUUAAGUUGUGCCAUUGUUUAAGUCUGCAGUCGGCUCAUGUUGCUUACCAUCGUGUUCACUGUUAGUCUUCAUAAAAGAGAUAUACAACAGGCACAUUAUACUGUCACUAUAUUUUAUCUACUAAAUGCACCUUUUGAGGACAAAAAUGAAAACACACAUCACACCAGUAGGUGCAGCUGGUUGAACUGUCCAGAAUAUAUCCUUCAUAUCUCCACUGUAGGAAUGCCUUACUCCGAGUGCCUAAAUGUGUGUGCUUUGUUCACUUGGAUUCCGACCGACCGAUCGACCGACUUUGAGUCAAUUUUGCACGAGUCCUCAUCUCGGUAUUAUCUUGAGGCUGCAAAUGAAAGUUUGGGAUCUAUAUUUAUCAGAGUUAUAAAUCGUGAUAAUGUGAAAAUACAUUACAAGAAUAAUUAUGUUAUACAAAAUUAUUCAGAUGUAUGUUAACUGUUGCAGAAUGUUAUAUUUAAGGCAGAUGUAUGUAUAAUAGUCCUGUGUGUAUUUUUAUCAAAGUUUUUGGCUAAUCCAGUGAUAAUUGUUUCUUGUUGAUGUGAUGUCGAACUUGUUGGGACCCUUUUAGAAGUGAAAACACAAGAGGACAAUAUUUUUUGGUGUUAGUUUUACCUGUUAACCUGCCAGUUUGCAGCCUCAAUCGUUGUACCUCAUGAUCCCCUCUUUUUACACUCUGUGCCUUCACUUUCCUCAUUCCAUCUUGAUGUAAUUCCACAUGGCGAAAAGCAAUCAAAAUUUCACAGUUUCCUCCUUUUUCUAUGAAGCACAACUACUAAAAUGUUAAGUGAGAAUGUUUUAAGAAUAGUUCAUCCAAAGUGAGAUAUUUAUAUAUAUAUAUAGAAUGUAUAAAAUAAACAGGGGUGCACAAUUUGUAUAGUCAUGUAAAGAUAGUUAUAUUUUGCUGUCAGUGAUGAAGAAAGAAACCACUCCGCUUGUAUAGAAGUGUCGCUUUUGUCUUCCAUCCAUAUGGAGCUGUUGCAUCUGUUAAACCAGUAGUUCUGCAGGCAUGUCUGUUUUGAAUACUCAUGUUAAUAAAAUAUGUACUUAGAUGCCUGAUCUGACCCAAUAGUAAUGUCAUAAAGAUUGUUGUAAAGCUAAUUGGUUUUUAUGUGUGCUAAAUGAAAAGUGCAAUAUUAUUUUAAAUUAUGGUUAUCAGCAUAGAGUAGACAAAAUCAUUUACCGUGUGCUUUUAGUGUACAAAAGCUCCCUGUCAUAUUCUAAGAAUUUACUUUAAUUUUGAGACAUUACGAGCUGAGUGGAAGCCCAUGUGAUUGCUGUUUCCCCAUUGUUACCUGUUGUGACUGGAAAAUAUUUGAAAAUACUGAGUUGAAUGUUUGUACCUAACACUAAAAAUUUUAGGGUGCACUUGAAAUGAAAUGUUAAGUGUACCAUAUUCAUUGUAAUGUUAAUGGAGUCUUGUGCCCUAGUGAAGAUGCUUCCCAUUGUUAAAUGAUGUGGAUUAAAUGGAACAUUUUGUUGUAUAUCGUGCAAAGAAAAUACUUUUAAAGUAUGUUUUGUGGAAUAUAUCUUCACCAAAAAUCAAAA